AUGCGCCUUCAACAAGACCAACCUCAAGACCCCUCACUCCCACCCCUCCUUGCAGCAGCAGCAACGGCCACCGCAACAGACGUUAACCAAAAUGACAAAGAGCCUGCCAAUUCCCCACCCAAACACCUCUACUUCGCCUACGGCUCCAAUCUCUCCCCCACACAAAUGCGCAUACGCUGCACGCACAACCCCACCCUCUCCGCACACCCGGUAGCCAUCGCGGCACUAGAUCACUGGCGCUGGCUCAUCUGCCAAUUCGGUUACGCGAAUGUUGUCCCCCCCCCUGAUCUCCGCGUUGGUCGGCAAAUAAGCGAAGGGGAUGCGGUGCCAGAGUCCACUUCGCCUAGUAUUCCAGAAGGUGGGGUGUAUGGGGUGUUGUAUGAAAUGGCUGCGGCGGAUGAGGGGGUUUUGGAUGGGUACGAGGGGGUUGAUGAGUGUGCGCCGGAUGCGCUGGAGGGGAAGAGGGUCCCCAGGGAUGUGAGGCCUACGGAGCAGGGAGAUGGAUUGUACAAUAAGUGGUAUGUUGGGGCAAGGGUUGUGAAGUGGUUGGAUGAGGGGUACCGGGAGCGGAAUGGGUUUGCGGGGGUUGGGGUUGGUGGCGAGGUGAGGGUCUUGGUUUAUAUUGAUGAGUCGAGGGUUCGAGUGGGGAUCCCGAAGGAUGAGUAUAUUCCGCGGAUGAAUAGGGCGAUUAGGGAGGCUGUGGAGUUGGGGUUUCCGGAGGAUUGGGCGGACGAGGUUAUGAGGCCUUCUAUUCCGUUGCAAUAG